GCGCCCAUGUACGGUUGGGAAUCUCAUACACACUAUCUUCACUAAAUUCUUCACGCUGCUCAGUGCUCUGGAGUAGCAAUUGGAAGCUGUUGUAGCCCACAUCUGUUGUCUAGGAUGGAGACUGCAAGCAACUCAACUUUGGCCGGCCUUGAUCUGCAUGUGACUGGCAGCUCCGGCUCUCAGACCAGCAGAGGCGGUGGCAACGAGUAUCUCUACAUUCUAAUCGUCAUGUCGUUUUACGGGGUCUUUCUGUUCGGGAUCAUGCUGGGCUACAUGCGCUCCAAGAGGAGGGAAAAGAAGUCGAACGUGUUCACGCACUUGCUGUACGAGGAAGAGAAGAGGGAGUGGGGGGCGAUGCAGAAGAAACACAGCCUGACCUUCCCCUCCAUUUCGGGUCUAAGAUCCGUGCAGGUGUCGCUCCCUUUCAGCGGGCCACUGUAUGACGGCAAGCUCCCGGCGCCUCUGUCGUGCGCUCUGUGCUCCAUGGAGCAAAGCAGCGUGAGCUCCCUAUGCUCCUCCGCCGACGUACACUUCGCCAUCGAGGAGGAGUCAGACAGCGGAACCGCCGAGGCUGUCGAGGAUGGACAGAAAGGAUGUUCGGACAGCAACAACGAUUCCGUGGAGAUUCUCAAAGAACGCUUGUGACCCGACAGGACGAGAAAGGCACUCCUCAACUCGCAUGAUGAACUGAAGUUGAUUUCGGACUGGUGGAAAGGCAAAGUCCUAAAUUACUGUGGGGCAUAAGCACUCCAGUCUAAUGGUUUAAGUGUUGCAAUUCACCUGGGGCCCACUUGAAAUUAAUAUUUGAUUUGUACAUUUUAAAACGAUUAAAAUGUUUGAGUGAUGUUGUGCACAAUGUUGUCACCAUAAAAGUACGCAUUAGCAAGUACCCUGUUUUCAUAUGUAAAUAUUGUGAAAAAAUGAUUUGUAU